AUGAGUUUGGUUGCAGGAUCCUACGAGAAAUUCAUCUGGGGUCUCACCCUAAACCCCCAAUCCCAAUCUCUAACCCCUCUCUUCUCCUACCCUUCCCACCUCUCCUCCAUCAAGACCGUCGCGGUCUCCGCCUCCGUCGUUGCCUCCGGUGGCGAGGACGACACCAUACACCUCUACGACCUCUCCGCCGCCUCCUCCCUCGGCUCCCUCCACCACCACUCCGCCACCGUCACCGCCCUUUCAUUCUACACCCCUCCCAACCUCCCCUUCCCUCGCAACCUCAUCUCCGCCGACGCCGCUGGCUCUGUUUCCAUCGUUGAUGCCGAUGGCUUCGUCCACCUCACCACCAUCUCCGUCCACCGCAAUGCCGCCAUCAACGACCUCGCCCUACACCCCUCCGGCGAGCGCGCCCUCACCGUCGCCCGCGACAACUGCCUCGCCGUCGUCAACCUCGUCCGCGGCCGCCGCAACUGCUGCUUGCGCCUCGACAAGGAGGCUACUCUGGUCAAGUUCGACGUCUCCGGCGACCGCUUCUUCAUGGCCGCGAAGGAGAAGGUUUCCGUCCACCAGACAGAGGAUGCGCGGAUAUUGUUCGACUUGGAAUGCUCCAAGCCCGUUCUCUGCGCUGCUCCUGCUAGGAAUGGACUUCUUUAUACUGGUGGUGAGGACAAAAAUAUCACAGCAUGGGAUAUCAAUACUGGAAAAGUUGCAUAUUGCUUGGAAGAAGCACAUACUUCCCGUAUCAAAGGUAUUGUCAUACUCACAGAUAGUGAUGGUGCUACAGAGGAUGACCCUUACCUAGUGGCAUCUGCAUCAUCUGAUGGCAAUAUACGUGUCUGGGAUGUUCGAAUGACAGCUAGAAAGAAACCGCUAGCUGAAUAUAACACAAGAUCGAGAUUGACAUGCCUUGCUGGAACAAGUCUCCGAUUCCGAAGGCAACGACGGCAGGAUGGGAGUAAAUCGAAGGUAGUUAAACGACAACGACUCCAGGCUGGAAAGAGUAAAUCAAAGGCAGAGGAUUAA